GCAUUGUGGCUAACUUUAGCGCUAGUGUGAAAAGCACACGAUCACUUCUGAAGGACGGAAAGAAACACAGCCCGUGGCCGGAACACUUUUCCAUCUUUUCUACCGUCUCAGCCUGGAAAUAUCCCCGUCGGAGACUCUUGGCAUCAUCACAUACGACUUUUCUUGUACUAGAAUCUUGGACACAGAAAAGCAUUGAACCAUGUCAGGACAGAGGAAAGGAGCUGCAGCACGGCUGCCUAAAUGUGCCUUCUGCAGAACCAACAGGGACAAGGAGUGUGGGCAGCUGCUGGUGUCCGACAGCCAGAAGGUGGCAGCCCAUCAUAAGUGCAUGCUUUUCUCAUCCGCUCUGGUAACAUCUCACUCAGAGAAUGAAAACAUCGGUGGAUUUUCCAUUGAUGAUGUGAAAAAGGAGAUUAAGAGGGGAAAUAAGUUGAUGUGUUCCUCAUGUCACCGGCCAGGUGCUACUAUCGGCUGCGAUGUGAAGACGUGCCGGAGGACGUACCACUAUUACUGCGCUCUGAAGGACAAAGCCCAGAUCAAAGAGAAUCCAUCACAAGGGAUUUACCUCGUUUACUGUCGCAAACACCGGGAUGCAUCUCAGGAUGGCGUUGAAGACGAAGCAGAAGGUGUUGCCAACGACUCUGACUCGUCACCUCCACAAAGUAGAGGCAGAGGACGGUUUGAGAAGGGAAGAGCCAAGGUGGGAUCUCGCGGCCAGUCAGAAGAUGCUCGGUCCACAUCCUCAACGGCUGCCGAGGAAGAGAGCUCCUCCCAUCGGGACAGGUCACCUCUGAGGGCCAGUCCAGCAGAUGGUGGCCAGCGCUGUGGCUUUUGUCAUGCCGGGGAUGAAGAAAACGAAACAAGGGGCAUGCUUCAUACUGAUAACUCCAAAAAGGUGGCUGCACACUACAAGUGCAUGCUGUUUUCAUCGGGGACAGUGCAGCUGACCACUACGUCACGGGCAGAAUUUGGGAACUUUGAUGUAAAAACGGUCAUCCAAGAAAUCAAGAGGGGGAAAAGAAUGAAAUGUACACUCUGUACUCAACUGGGAGCAACUAUUGGCUGUGAAAUCAAGGCAUGUGUGAAGACUUACCACUAUCACUGCGGCCUGCAGGACAAGGCCAAAUACAUUGAAAACAUGGCGCGUGGUAUCUACAAACUAUACUGUAAGAACCACAGCGGCAACGAGGAGAGGGAUGAGGAGGAUGAGGAGCGAGAGAAUCGCAGUAGAGAGAGGGCAGCAAUUGACCAAGGAAGAACACCUUCAACACAAGUGAAUGGCAACUAGCUUGACCAGAUGGAAGUGACUGGUUGGGAGAAAGGAAAAGGAAUUCACACACAAGGAGGAGAUAUUUUUUAUACUUUACUCAAAAAGUCAUGGUCUGCAAGCUCCUACAUACCAUUUACUUGGUUUCUUCCAGCAAGUGGACACAACGUCCCAUCAUGCACCAGAUGUCUUCUUCAUGAGCCUUCUCUGAGACGAGUGGAUGAGCUUUUCACAAACGGACGGUACUCUGCAGAGAACAGGACUGCUUUGGGAUAUAGAGGAGCCAACGUUUCCCAGGAGUCACAAACAGGCUCUAACUCAAAUACAUGUAUCAUGGCCACGAAUAACGGAAAUAAUGGACCGAUAUUUUGAUUGUCACUCACUGCCCAUGUCCCCACAGAUUAUGUGACCCACUCUUCUUGAAAACAGACACAUUCUUCUCUUCCUUAGCUUCUGGAGGACUCACUUUUAAGAGGGGUCUGUUUGUUACUAGUCUCUAUGAAUUUGUGCAGUUUGAUUACUUUGUCUCUGUAAUCAUGUCUUAAACUCUUUUCAUGUUAGCCUCUUUCUUUAUAUGUAAUAUUUUGCUACUGUAUUAUAAUUAUGAGUAAUUUUGAAUAUCUGGAUUUCAGACAGUCAGUUACAGGAUUUGCCAGCAUGCACUUGGAUAUCCCACUGUUAAAGGUGGCAUUUUUUUAUUUAGCCACUAAAGGGCAGAGUAGAGCUCUUUAGAAGAGUCGGCCUGACUUUGUUUGAUGUACUGUUACUUGUAUCUCUACAAAUGUAUCCAUGAAUGAUUGGAAAUAGAAGACUUUAUUUUACACAU